AUGACAUAGUAACUAACAACAUCUUCUCUUUGUUAACGCUACGGUAUUAGACUUGUAUGAAAUCACAGUCGCAAUCCUCAAUCAUAUAGUUCUUUUGAUUUCUUCAAUUCUCAUCAAGUAUAUUAUUAUAACCAUCAUGGUUUUAACCAGGCAGAUGGCGAGGAAAGACCACGAGCUUGAGUCUCAACCACCGUCGACUUUCCAUUCCUUUUCCUGUCUUCCCACCGAGUUGAGGACUAUGAUCUGGAAUUUUGCUGAAGACUCUCAACCGGGCCACGUCAUCGAAGUGUGCAACAUACCAAACCAUUUUGAUAAUACUGGUCGUCCUACUUCUUAUGAAUGGUAUGCGAUACCAUGCCGUUGCAAAAAGAGAUGCUUCGAGCCUCCCCUCGCGCGAGUGAACCAAGAAUCCAGGAAAGUUGCCUUGAACAGAAGAUCAAGAUGUUUUGACCACUGGGUAGACUGGAAGAAAGACAUCAUAUUCAUUGGCAGCAGAGUCGGGCAUUUGCACAAUACCGGAUUCCUUCGCGCAUUGGAACUGCGAAAUUGCCGCGAGAAACUGAGAUAUCUUGCUAUUGAUUAUGAUUGCUGGCAUACAUCACGCAUCUUCAUGUGCACAGUCAAAAAAGAAUGCACCCCAGCUGCUAUGAUUUCACGAUUACCGGGGCUCCAAAAACUGACGUUUGCUCGGACUGUGGGAGCUUGGAGGGAUGGCAGUGAAUUCAGGUCUCAUGAUCCUGGCUAUAUUAUGGAUGAAUGGAGAGUACUUCAACCCCACAUACAACCUGGCUACGAUGAUCUCGUGAAGUAUGAGAAGGAAAAAUUCUCACAGUGGUUAUUAUACAAUAACUAUGAGGAAACUGAUGUUUGGAACUCUUUACCCGAAAAGCCUGAUAUGUGGAGAUGCUAUAGCAAUUUCCAUGACGCAACUGGAGAAAAGCCUGGAUCAUACAAACCUAACACAUGUCUUGAUGAUGAGAGCAGAUACGGUGGCGAUGGAAAUUGUGGAGUAGCAUUAAUACAGUUUGACAAGGUCGAAAAUGCCUACUGGUGGGGGCCUGGUGGCGAAGAUUUCAGUUUUAGAAUGGAUUGGAUGCUGAAAGAAUUUGAUCAACUAAAAUGUAUUUCAAGAUCAAGAUACCCUGGAGCUCCCGAUUACACUACAUGGACCCCACCCGAAAUCGAUUUUGCACUUACGCGAAAAACUGCACCUUCAUGUUUCACUGAUGAUUGGGAAGGUCUUGAGCGUCAGUGGAUGUACUAUGGCGAGGCAGCCUGGGCGAGGGACCACCCUGAAAGCUAUAAAGCUCGAGAUAAGUCCAAAGACUAUCCGGCAGGGCAACAUUUGGGCACAUAUAAAAAGCUCUACUGGGGGGCCGAUGGCUUCCUUCUUGAUGGUUAACACUUAUCGAUGAUGGCUAGUUAUUCCAAACGAUAUCUGUAAUAUAUAAGGCUGUACUAUUGGCCUCAAGCUUAUCUAACAGUUCUAUAUCAAUAUAUAUAUGUAUGUGUAUCUAUUAGGACCUCGAAAAUCAC